AUGCCCCGCCGUCGCAAGCCGCCUCGGCCCGGCGCCCUCGCCGACCUCCCGCCGCUGCGUAUCGCCUCGCAGAUCGCCGCGCUGCAGGGGCUGUACUACGCCGCCGCGUUGGUGCUGAUGCUCUUCACGGCCCUUGUAGCCGGCACGGGAUUCUCGCCGGACCUGGUGUUCGGCUGGGAGGCCGUCCGGGGGGACACGACGCAGGGGUGGCUGGGCGCUUUCGUGUGGGUUCUUGACGGCGGGCUCUGCAUGGCCGUUGCCAUCAUCAUCCUCAUCGGCCGCUCGAAGCUCGUCCCGGACUUUGCGCUGACAAUGCACGGCGUCCACCUCGUCGUCACGAGCCUGUACACCGGCCGUGUGCCGCGGAACAUGAUGUGGUGGGGCGCCAUGGCUGUGAGCUCUGCCAUCUGCGUCGCACUGGCGGUCUGGGGAUCACGGUACCGUGAACUGAGGCCAAUAUCGUUCGGCGGCGGGGGCGUCGGCGCUGCUGCCGGUGAUGGAGGUGCACAGAACGGGGCCGCCGGGGGCGACGAGGAGGCCGGUCUUGGGUUCUCGAGGGGGAGGGGCCGUGGGAGGGGGAGGGACGGCGAGGGUGGGUAUGAGAUGGUCGGGAUGGAUCAUGAGAGGAGGGAUUCCUGA